AUGGGAGAAAAAGGAAAACAAAAGACACUCGAACACAAAAAAGAUGAUAAUAUUUCAAUGCAUCAAAAAUUUGAUAAAAUAAUUGAUGAAUAUUAUUCCGACCUAAAAGACGACAGAGAAAUAAAAGAAAAGACUGUUUAUAAAAAGGGGGAUCAUAUUUUUAAAUCUGUGGAGAGGAGUGAAAUUGACUAUGCGAGACUAGAUGAAAAUGAUAAUCCUCCUAAUUUCUGUGAUUUGGUGGACAAUGAGCCUAAAUUUGGGACAGUAAAAAUUGUUAAUCCUCUUCCUAAAGUUGAAAAGAGAAACGAGCUAAGGAAAUCAUAUAUGCAUUGGCUUAAAACCGAAAAACUUAUGAAACCAAAUGAACGAAGAUUAGACCACGAGCAUAUGCAAGAAAAAUAUAUCGAAACUAUAAAAUUGUCAAAAGAUAUCAAAAAUGAUAUCAAACUCGCACGCGUAAUUAAAUCACAUUAUCCUAGAGGAAUAGUUGGUGUUGAUUCGAUAUAUAAUGAAAAUACGGUGUUGUACAAAGAUAAAUAUAAUGAGAUGAAAAAUAAAAAGGAGAUAAUUGACAAAAGACGAAAAGAAAGACAAGGAGCAUUGGAAAAACAAAAUGACAAAAAUGGAAAUAUAUUAGCUCAUGAAACAAACGACUAA